CUUUGCCUAGCUGUGGAGCUGCUGUUAACCUCAACCUGCCUCUCAGCUGCUGGCCGCUAGCUCUCUAGCUUGAAUUAGCUGCACAGCUUCCAGUAAUGCCUUCUAACAUUACUCUACCUCAGUGACAUUUAGUUCAGAUAGCUGUUGAAGCCAUGGGGAUAACACAGAGCUCGUUUCUGUCGGAUGGAGGAACUUACAGCGGAUAUCAUGUCCACGGGGUUCAAGAGGACUCCCCAGCUCUGAGGGCUGGUCUGGAGCCCUUCUUUGACUUCAUUCUCUCCAUAGGAAAUACCCGGCUUAAUAAAGAAAGUGACUUGCUGAAAGACCUUCUAAAAGCCAAUGUGGAGAAAGCGGUCAAACUCGAAGUGUACAACUCUAAAACCCAACGGGUGAGGGAACUGGAGGUGAUACCUAGUAACAUGUGGGGCGGUCAGGGUCUGCUGGGCGCUAGCGUCCGCUUCUGCAGCUUCGAAGGAGCCAACGAGAACGUUUGGCACGUCCUGGAUGUGGAAGCCAGUUCUCCUGCAGCUUUGGCCGGCCUUAUUGCUCACGAUGACUUCAUCGUGGGAGCUGACCAGGUGUUGCAAGAUUCCGAGGAUUUCUUUUCUUUGAUUGAAGCCAGUGAGGGGAAACCUCUGAAGCUGCUGGUGUACAACAUCCAGACCGACCAUUGCAGGGAGGUAGUGGUGACUCCAAACGGAGCGUGGGGAGGAGAGGGAAGCUUAGGCUGUGGCAUUGGCUACGGCUACUUGCACAGAAUCCCAACUCGUGCAGCUCCGACUGACACCCACAGCAAGAAUGUUCUGCCAUCUGCGGUGAUUGACAGCAGUGAGGAGCUGGGGGCAAUCGACCACACUGAGAUGACUCCAGUGGAUGCACACAGCCCCUCUUGUGAAAUAGAUUUGAAUCAAAUCGAAGGAGCUAUGCAGGACUUGUGUGUACCCUCGCCUACUCAGUCAACUGUGGACUUAGAUAUUUCCGACAUACCCGAAGCGACGACUCCAGACUUGUCAGAUACGGUUUCCACCAAUGACAUGUGCCAGAGUUCCAUGUUCGUUAAUUAUGGAGACGACUCUGGUGAUCAGUGCAGCUUGGAUACCUCAUCUUUUGACCAAAGACCUUCCUCUCCAGAAAGGGAGGAAGAAUCAGACAUCCAGGAGACGGAGCAGGAGGGUGUUAUUGACCGGAUAACCGCCACUUCUCCAGACGACCUCACAGGCCUUGAAGUCACCACAGAGAUCCUUAGUGACGCGAGUAUCCCAGAGGUGCAAGAUACCAGAUCUGAGCCCUCAAGCUCAGUGAAUAUUAUAGAGGAAGAGACGUCGGAGACGGCUGCAUAAGAGUAUAAGUAACCUGUUCAUCUCAUAGUAAGAGGAGAUUUAGAGCACACUAGGAUACAGAACGCUUCUAUUAUGAAUGUAAGUUGCAUCACUGGAACUAUUUUUUAAUUUCUAAGAGUUUUAUUUAUAUCCAGGUGCCAUUGCUGCAUGCCGAAUUGCACAUUUAAGAAAGAUAGUAUGUUUACUGAAAAGAUGGUUAAUACAACAUGAAUGUACUCUUUAAUUUAGGCACACUGUAUGUCUCAACGUCAACCAGGAUGAAGCCUUAGUUGAGUCUUAGAUGCUGUUAGAAGUCAUCCUAGUUUGCACUAAAAAGCCAAAGGGGAAUCUCGUAUUGUUGCUCUCACUAGUAGCACCUGCUGAAUAGUAUGAAACUGUUAGACAAAGAAAGUUUGAGCUGGAGUUCACGCAGAUCCAUCAUGUGGUUUUAUGUUUUAUAUUUUGGAAUUUGGGGUGGAUGCUUUUACUUUUGAGUUUGACUUCACGUGUGAAAAAGAUAGUUUUAAUCUCAGGCAUUUACCAUUUAAGCCUUUUUGCCUUAAGUCUCAUUUUAAAUACCUGCCUUUCUUACUGUAUGUGUAGGUUUGACUUCUGAUCGGUGUAAAUGAGCGAGCCGGGUUUGAUGCAGCUCUCUGAUUGUUUUCUGUUUCUUUUCUUUAUAGAGAUUUUAAUUAAAUUAUGUUACAGAUUUUUAUUGAUGGAAAAAAAAUAUUCAAAUAUUUAUAAAAAGAAGAUGCUCAAGAUAAACCUGCAGCAGUCUUUUUUUAUUCUGUUAGGUGUGUGCAUAAUAAGAAAGAUGAAGUCUCAGCAUUUUCUGUAGUUUAACUGCCAAAAAUCCACCUGCCUGCUGGUGGGUUUAGGGUUAAAUGAUGAU